CCUUUUAAACAUGGAGGGGCGGGAGGUGGACUCGACUGUCGCUGAGCCCGUACUUGGGUUGGAUCUGUGUCUGACAAAUGAAAGACAUUCUGCCAAUGGAUGAUUCUACAACAUUCUAUUCUACUUUUAGUUAUUUCUGUCCAAUGUUCAAUAUAGGUCUUUCACAUUGAGUAAUAUGGUUCACUCUGAUUGGUGGUGAGACAGCAGUGUUGUUGUGAGACUGUGUGUCUGGGAGAGGGUAAUUCUCUUUUUCUCAACUGUCUUUUUGUGCACUGUGUCGAAUAACUUAAUUGCUUUUUCAAUUAAGUCUCUUCUGUGGUUUUCGAACACCUUUCCCCCCAAGAUUCUAACUGGUAAAACAUUCCUCUGUCUCUUGUGUGUCCUCAGGUUGUUUGCCACCAAGUGCAGCGGCUGUUUGGAGACCAUAGCGCCCACAGAGUUUGUAAUGCGAGCUCUGGAGAGUGUUUACCACCUUAGCUGCUUCUGCUGCUGUAUCUGUGAGCGCCAGCUGUGCAAGGGAGAUGAGUUUGUUCUGAAAGAAGGUCAGCUGCUGUGCAAGAGGGACUAUGAGAGGGAGAACGACCUGCUGAGCACAGUCAGUCUGGACAACUCAGACUCAGAUAAGAGUGAGGAUGAGGAUGAGGAUCGGGAUGUGAAGUCAGCAAAGUGCCCUUCAGCAGUGAAAGGAAGUGAUGACAGCAAAGACCCUCGGCGGCCCAAACGGCCGCGCACAAUCCUCACCACCCAGCAGAGGAGAGCCUUCAAGGCCUCGUUCGAGGUCUCCUCGAAACCCUGCAGAAAGGUGAGAGAGACCCUGGCUGCAGAGACAGGCCUCAGCGUACGUGUGGUCCAGGUCUGGUUCCAGAACCAGAGAGCGAAGAUGAAAAAGUUAGCCCGCAGACAGCAGCAACAGCAGGAGCAACACAACAGCCAAAGGCUAGGCCAAGAGGUGGUAUCAGGUUGUAUGGAGGGCCUGCUCAGCUCCUACUCGGGGCCUCUACCUCCAAACCAGCAGGCGCAGCUGGUAACCAUGGAGCACAACAGAUACAGCACUGACCCCUUCCAGCAGGGCCUAACCCCUCCACAGAUGCCUGGUGACCACAUGAAUCCUUAUGGUACAGACUCCAUAUUUCACGAUAUCGACAGUGACACCUCUCUGACAAGCCUAAGUGACUGCUUCAUGGCCACUCCAGAUGUAGGGUCCCUGCAAGCACAGGCCGGAAACCCCAUUGACCACCUGUACUCCAUGCAGAGCUCCUACUUUGCCUCCUGAGACCCUGUCAUCACCCACCACACCACCUCCCAUGGCCAUGACCAGUGAGCACACAGCAGUGCAGACACAAGCCACACAGGCGACAGGAUUUUCCUGCAAGACAUGAAUCAAUGAGGAGGAGAAUGUGACUGCAGGAUAAAAGCCAUCAAAUACACCUGACUGACCUCCACCUGCCAAAGGAAAGGGAACACUUGAAACGGAAACUUCACAUGCCUCCACAUUCCCCCGCUGUCUGCAUGGCAGGUCGAAGCAGUAGGUGAAGCAGGUUCAAUUUGUUAAAGGGAUAGCUGUCAGCAUUUCUACAGAUAUCAUAAUGAAAGUGUUUAUUUGUGGUAUGAAAAACCUGAUUGAUGAAAAAUUUGUCCAAAUUAAAAUGUGUCACAGAAACAUAAACUAAAUGUUUCUCCGUAGGUAACAUAGUUCAAUAGGUGCAUUGAUACUGUUAUACAUUUUUUUUCAAUGGGACAGUAAAGCAAAUACGGUGCUGGUGAUGUAAUUUUACCCAAUUAUCAAGCUUGUCUGCUGUAAAGAGGGUGGUCUGUGAGCCAGCUGAUGCUGAGUGUGUAUACUGCUUUUUAUAUAAUCACUGUUCCUCAGAAACAUCCAGCUUUGCAUGUAAGGAUGGAUAGCAAUUUAUUUAUUUCUAACCAACGUGCUGGUAUACAAUUUAUAUUACAUUUCUAUUUAAAAUGACAAUAUGAUCCAAUUGGAACAUACAAAAAAGAA